GCAGAUUUUAAUUCCUCCUGCAACUACUCACAAGGAUACCCACCAAACACUGGUACCCCACACUCAUUGGUCCUUCGAACAAAAGAAAUUUUCCCCCAUAUACUCGUGUCUGGCAUAUUAAAUUAUGAGUGAGACGAGUACAUUUCGGUCUCACGAACUGGAUUUGACCAAGGUUAUAAAAGUGCCACCCCCAACAUUUGGUCCUUACGAGCCGGAUCAGGUUAGAUUAGAAGUUGAUCCCCCAACAUUUGGUCCUUCGAGCCGGAUCAGGUUAGAUUAGAACUUGAUCCCCCAACACAUACUUUCAGUUUAGGCAUAGUCUUUAGUUUUCUCUAAAAGCGGUAUCUGCUUAAGGGUUCCGAAAGUUUCCUACAUUUGAAGCUUAUGCCUUCAAAUAUAGGUAGUUCGAGAGGAGGUUUAUCUUUUCACAUUCGCUAUUGUUUCGUAGGAUAUCGUUGCCUUAUGUGACAUUGAGCUGUGUUUUCUUUCGCUUUGUACGUCAAAGCUUGGAAUUAGAUUCAUACAACUUCUUCGGCUUAGAAUCGGGUAGAUCUUGCCAGUUUAGGCUUCGAUUAUGUCCUCUGCGGUUUUCCCUUCUUUCGGCUCAGGUGUUAAUCGAUGACAACCCAGACUUGUAUUACCGCAAUUUUUCAUUUGUGUUUCACAUAAUAUUCUCUCACUUGGCGUAAAGUCUUACUUUUGAAGAAAUGAGUCCCAUAACUAGAAUGUUUUCUUAUUAUAUUUGUUUGAAGCAUUUUGUAAGUGGGUUUGAAACUCCAACUUUUAUGAGGGGAUUUUUCCUCAACCCCCAACAACAAUUUAUAUUGGUUAGUGCUCAUAUUUUGAGGGUUUAAAAGAGUUGCAUUUCGACAUAUAAUUAGUACAGUUUUAUUUGGAUAACAUCCAUUGGUUAUCUGUAGUUGCGUGAAAAUUAGUUUUUUCUAUCUUGUAAGAAUUGUAUUUGUUUUGUACAUUAGAGUGUUCAUACAAUUGCUCUAGAACAUCUAUUGAAAUAACUAAUUUUCAUUCCAAAUUUAUGAUCUGGAUCUUUAACUAUCCAUCUUCGAUAUUUCCCCAGUGACAAACAAAACACUGAAGAUUGGUUAGACGUAAUGCUUCAACGCAGUCCGCACGAGUUUCCUCGGUUCAUUUUUUAUCACACUCGUCCUAUACAGGGUAAUUCAAAAAUGCCUAAUAAAUUAUUUUUGUUAGCUCAGAAAAGCUAGUGCUUCAAGUUUCCAAAAAGAAAAGUGAAUGCAUUUUUGCUUUUGCCCAAUUGGAACCACUGUACAUGUCACCUAACAGCAACGAAGGAAAAAUUGAAUGUGAAAAAUUCUUCCCCGAGGAUUAUAAUGCUGGAGAGACUGAGGAGGAAGAAGAGGAAGAAGAAAAACAACCAGAAGACUCUGCAGAUAAACCUGAGGUCCAAGGUGAAGGAGAGGAACAAGAUGAAUACGUGGACAAUGAGCCCACCGAAGAAAUAGGUGAAGCGGGAGAAUCAGCAGACAGUCCUGAGACAGAAAAACCGGAAGGUGAAGAAAGCGACGUCAAUGAACCAACCGAAACUCCUAAUGAGGAAGUUCCUGAAACGAAUGAGAAUAUUCAAACUGCUGAUCCAGUACCAACUGAGCCCGUAGAAGAAGAACCUGUGAUUGAAGCAUAAACGAAUCUUACUUCCAGCAUUGAAAUUAAUCAUUAAAUACGAACUUUUUUUAUUGCUAAUUGGCUUCUGAUUGCAUAAGUUCAGCGCCUUAAUACUCAUAUCUUGUGCAACACUUCUCUACCCUUUCAGGUUAAACUCACUGAGGACAUUUUGGAAGAACUGCUUUAUUUCGGAGAUAUCGAAUUUAGCUCAAAAACUCUUGAUGACCUCGGAGGUAACCGUUUAACAUUUGCUCUACUAUUCAAAAGAACCAAUGCUCAUCUUGCGGGAAACAUAGAUGAUAUAGUUUUGCAAAUGGUUUACGGAAAUUCCAGAAAACCGCCUGGAGACCAUAAAUCGCCCGCUUGUAAGUUACGUAAAGUUUGGAAAAGCACUGGCAAACCGAUCGAUUGGGUUGAAGUGGCAGAAAAUCUGUCAGAAGAAGAACUUGGUGAAAUUGAAGAUAAUGUUUUACUAGGAAUAUGGGCACCCCCAAACUCUCUUAGUAGAGCUAUGAUUUUGAAGCUGUUAUUCCCUGCUCUAUCGAAUCCAUUCAAAUUACCGGAACAAGAGGAGAUCCCGUUACAUGUAGCAGUAGCAUUUGAUGCCUUUAAAGCAAAAGAUGUGUUUGAAAUAUCUGACAAGUAUCCUGGGAAAGUAAUGAGUAUUGGGUAUUUCUCCAGCGAUGUACCAGGAAAAGCUAAGUUAUUAGGCAAAACUACUGAACAAUUCGAAGCUCGACCAGCUUCCUUAACCUAUGAAGAGAAAAUAGUCAUUCAACUAGCGAAAGAUAAUGCCCAAUGUUUUAUGGAAUUUAUGGAUCUGGGUCCAUCCUAUAUCAGCACGGAUAUUGAAGUAGGUGCAGCAGAUUGCUUUUAUUUCUUUCCUCCUGGUUACAAUACUCCGGAAUCCGAAAUUAUCACUUACCUGAAAAAGAAAUCCAAGCGAAAAGGUAAAAUGGGACGGUACAAAAUAGCUGUUGAUCAAAUACAAGAUACCGAUACUCAAUCUAUCAUUACGGGUACAGAAGCUGAUACUUCAUUUAUGGAUCUUGCUGGAGAUCAAAUUGGUGAAGAUAACGGUGAUGAGAUAGAAAUUGCCGACGACCUCCAUAAUGACGAAGGCGAUAGUGGAGAGGAAAAUGAAGAUAAAGAUUCACGUCUUGCUAUUCAAAUUAAUGAUAGCGUUAUGGAUAAUGUAGACAAGGCUACGUCACCUGUAGCAAAUUAAUUAUUUGAUGAGUUUCACUAGUAAUUUAGUUUAUUUAUUUAGUCCCAAGUUAGUGUGAGUUAACCAUUUUAAGCUUUAAUUCAUGAUUAUUUUAAGCUUAAACUAACGCAACAACUUAGCUUUAUUCAUUACAAAAAUGCUGUAGGCCAUUGCGGUUUAGCGCUCGGUGUCUUACCAGACAACGGUUUAAUGUUAAGCUUUUGAACAAAUAUAGUAUUGUAUAAUUUUGGAGCAA